ACAGUUUUGGGCACACUGUCCGUAAUUGCGCAAAUACAGAUAAUGGAGGCGGAUCUAGCACGGCUAUCCUAGACGCAGCGAGUUGUGUAGGUACCGUGCUUCAAAAAAAAAAGGCUCAGGAGUGUUUUUGACUAAACAACCCCCAUCAGCUCUCUGAAAGGAAAAAAGAAAGAUUAUGCUGACGGUAUUCCACAGGAAGACGGAAGACACCGACAAGGAGGACAACCGCUUUCUCUUUACGCUGGCAAACAAAGCCGAUGCUUUAAGGUCUUCAGGGGAAGCCUGUUAAGUUGUUAUUACAAGACGGGACAUGUAACCGAUAAACCACAGAGGACGGCUGGCGGCGAAGCACGCAAGACCAACGCGGAGCUUUGAUCAGAAAACUGGAAUUAAUAUUUCUGAGAACUGGAUGGAUGCAGACAUUUUACCACCAGGUUUCGAGUCAGAUGUAAUUCACAUUGUCCCUGUAGAGUCCCUGCAUGUCCAGAAUAAGGAUUGGCUACAAUAAGCCUUAGUUACCAUUCCUUACUGAGGAUGGCUCAUGGGUGGGAUUCAUAUUUCCACAACCCCCCACCUCUACCAUCAGAUUCAGGGGCUUUGAGAAGGACAGCAGAGCCAGAUGGACACCUUUCCCAUCAUAUAGAGGACUUCACCGGACAUCAUGAUUUUGCCGGCACUGGCAAUUUGCAUGAAGCCCCGGUAUUUAACUCAGACUUCAACACGAACUAUUGCUCAGAUCCCAGUGUUGUGAAUUCCAGGUCAGAGUAUGUUUAUCAAAGAUACUGUAGUGAAACACCAUGGCAAGCUGAUGGAGAACAAAUAGGAAAGGAUUACUUGCAAAGAUGUGGAAAUGGUAAUAUCCCAGAUUUUGCCACAGAAGGAUUACAGACCUCUGACUCUUUUCCGUCAUCUUUUGGAACAGACUUUCAAGGACUUAAGGAAGAUUAUGAAAUGCCAAGUACAUCGUUUCUUGAGAACUACUCUGAUGUCAGCAGCUGCUCUGAUGCAGAUGGUGGUGAAACAAGGCCUCCUUGUAAGUUCAUGGAAAAUAAAUCCUAUACAAGUCCUAAAACUAAUAGUUCCGAAAAACACAGCUCAUCAGCAUGGUUUUUUACUCAUACGGAUAAUAUGACUUUUCCAACUGAGAGUUUGUGUUCAGGUAUGUCAGAGACUGAUGUAAUCUUGUCAUCAAAUGCGAAGACACAAGAAAACAUAGUUGAGUCUGCGCAGAACAGUUUGGAAAGUUUAGAAAAAACAGUCACAUCAUACACAGGACAUGAUCAGUCCUCUACUACCUCCUAUAUGAAGACAACUACAGAGAGCAAAACUGAGCUUGAAAUAAGUGAUUAUGGUGGUUUCCAAGAUGAGAAGCAAAAGAAGGAUGUGGGGAAAAAGCUUAGACAAGCUCAUUCAGACCUCUUGGUAAGUGGCCAUGAAAACUUUGGAGAUGGAAUAGAUAAGUAUCCAGACAGCAAUGAGGAAAAGCAGAUCACUUCAGCUGCUCCAAGUUUCAUAAGUACAUUUAAAUAUGAUCAAGAUCCCAUCAACGAAAAUGCAUCACAAAAGGAAAUGAAGGAACCGUUGAACCAAGAAAAUGAGGGACUUGAUCAUACAAACUCCACAGAUGGUCAAAAUGGAAAUGUGAGUGAAGAUGUGCAGAACAAUAGUGCAGCUUUUAAAGUGGAAACUAAAGAAUCAGGUUCAGUGGAAAAUGAAGUUUCAGAUGAGCAUAAAUCCCCAACUCCCAAUUCCAGCAUAUGUCAUGAAAAUAUGGAUACUGACUGUCAAAAGAAUGAAAUUCAGACAGAUGCCUUGAAAUCUUCCAAGGCACCAACUACUGAGACAUCCAAUUCUAAUGCUACCACACAGGAACUAUGGGAUUGCACAAAGACCAGUCAUAAUGUUGAAUCCAGCUCAUUAUCUAAACAACAGUCUGAUGAAAGUACAACUCAGAAUGAAGUUUGUAGAAGCCUUGAUGAGCUGAGUGAUACCAGUGUUGCAAGGCUUCCAGAACCCUGCUUGCUGCUAAAGAGCUCCAGCAAAGACAAACAUUUCAGUGUAGAUGAAGAACAAGCAAGUGCAGGAGGGAAGUCAGGUACCGAGACUUCUCUUGAUCCAGAGUGUAGUGGCCUAGGGGACACUAAUGACAAUUUAUCUGUGGACACUAGAGAUAAGAACAAGCAAGUUGUGGGCAUUCAUGUAGAGUCUUGCUUACAGUUGAAGAGCUCAAGUAUAGGUGCAAAUCCCCAUCUAGAUACAGAACUGGCAAGUGCAGUAGAAAAGACAAAGAUGACUCUUUCUCCAGAUCCAAAUUGUAGUCAUCCCUUUGUCAGUAAUGAAGAUACCUCUAGAAAUACUAGAAACACAAACAACUCCAGUGUUGCCACUCAUCCAGUCUCCUUCUUACAACCACAGACCUCUAGCACAGACACAAAUCACUCUCUAGAAAUGGAAGACACAAGUAAAUUGAAAAGGAGAAAUCUAACUGCUUUCCCAGAUCAAAGUCACAGUGAUCUCAGCAUCACAAAUGGCAGUCUUUCUAUUGAUACCAGUGACAAGAACAGACAAAGUGUUGAUAGUCAUUCAGAAUCCUGUUUGCAGCCAAAGAACUUAAACACGGACACACAUUCCCGCCCAGAAAGGACACAGACAACUCCACAAGAGAAGAAACCCUCAGUCUCCUCUCCAGGUCAAGACUGUAGUGGAGGUAGUGUCACUAUUGACAGUGACAAUUUCAGUGUUACUGGUCAUUCAGAAUCUUCCUUUCAGCUAAAGUGCUUAAACACAGACAUUCAUCCCUCUAUAGAAAUGGAGCCCACAAGUCAAUCUGAGAAGAAAAACCCAACCUCUUCUCCAGAUCAAGAUUGUAGUAACUCUAGUGCAACCAGUGAAAGUCCUGCUGUUGAUGUUACUGACAAGAACAAGCAAAAUAUUGCUGCUAACUCAGAAUCCUCCCUUCAGUUAGAGGGCUUAAACACAGGCAUAAAUUGUUCUCGAGAAAUGGAAAUCGCAAGUCAAGCAGAGAAGAAAAUGCCAACCUCCCCUCCAGAUCAAGAUUGUAAUUGUCCGAGCAUUACUAGUGACAGUAUUUCUAUUAAUACUAGAGACAAGAACAGGCAAAGUGUUUCUAGUAUUUCAAAAUCUUGCUUAAGAACAGACAUAUGUCCCUCUGCAGAACUGGAAAUCACAACCUCCUCCCCUGAUCGAGAUUGUGUUAUCCCCAGUGUAACCAAUGACAGUCUUUCUAUUGACACUAGUGAUGAGAACAAGCAAAGUGUUGCUGCUAAUCCAGUAUCCUCCCCACAGACAGAGAUCUCAAUCACAGACAUGCAUGUCUAUGUAGAAGAGGAAUGGAUAAGUCCAGCUGAUAGGACAAGAACAACCUCUUCCACAGAUCCAGAAUGUACAAGCCAUGUGGUGACAAGUGACUGUAACAAGCAAAGUGUUUCUGAUAGUUUGGAAUCCCGCUCGCAACCAAAACCUUCAACCACCAAUAUAAAUUCUUCAGACUGUACAAGUUCAGAAAUGAAUGCAAAUACAACCUGUUGUCCAGAUCCGCAACAACUACUACAUAAAAGUCUAGUGAGCCAAGAACCUUUGAGUCUUAGUGAAGAUUGGUCUGAAAAUGCUAGAGACUCAUUUGAAGACAUGGACUUUUCCACAGAGGACCAGCCAGACAUGCUAUAUGGUGAACCUUUGUCUAGAGAUGACACCUCAUGUGACACUAAUGAAACAAAACUUCAAUAUAAAGAAGCUGCCAGAACUGAUGGGGACAGCAUGGACCAUUCAGGAGGGCAAGCACCUCAACUAAGAUCUGCAGCAGAAAUGAGAAAAUUGUUGCAACCUGUUGUAGUAUUGAAGACCUUGGAGUCAACAAAUGGAAUGAGUGACACACAUUACUGUGCACACUGCGAACACAAAACUUGCAGCACAGAUAAUCUAAUUGAACACUACCAUUCUUGUCAUUCAUUGCAUAAUUUUGACUUUUGCAAGACUUGCAAUCUCUAUCUUUUGAGAAAAGAACAAGCUGGGAAACAUUUGUGUGGUGGAUUUACAGACAGGUCUCUGCAUCCUUCAGAUUCUAGUCCACAGAAAAAAGGAAAUCGCUUUGGCCACCAUAGGUGUGAUAGGUGCGGACUGAUAUUUUCAAAAAUAAUGCAUUAUAUCAAGCACAUGCGAACUCAUACUGGGAAAACGCCAUUUAGAUGUAAUGGCUGUGGCACUUAUUUUGCACAAGGUGGUAGCCUCCAAAGACACAAGCGCAUACCUGGUAGAUGCAAGCGGUCCAAGCUGCCAGUUGAAAAUCCUGAAGUCAGCCAAACUGCCACGCCAAAACAAAAGGAUGUGGUAGAAAGUGACACAAAUAUGUUGAAAUGUUUUGUAAAGCUUUUUGACAUAUCCAAGACAAAUCUGUGUGGAUUAUGUGGAAAAAGCUUUUCAACUGCAGAAAAGGUUAAAAAGCAUCUCUAUAAUGUACACCAUGGAAGGGGUACAGUAGUUUCAUUAAACCCAAGUCCGACAACAGGCAGUCAGAAUGCUGAAAAUCAGGAGAAAAUUCAAGAAGUGGAGAAUGGCAUAACAGGAAAAUUUAAAUGUCCCCUAUGCCCAAGGCUUUUCAAGUACUCUUACAACAGGGCUCGACAUUUGCGUGACUGUGUUAGAGAUGCUAUAUAUGGUGGCAAGGAAAAGGUUGAUGGUAAAUAUAGGUGUCCCUUGUGCCACACUACAUUCACUUUAACAUGCAACCGAUAUAGGCAUAUUAAAACAAACUGCCUCAAAGAAUUUCUUAAUCGACUUGCAAAAGAGAAGGCAAAACUGAGGACAAAGGUUGAGAAAGAAACAGUGGAAAGUGAGCCGAAACCACAAACAAAGGAAAAAGAACAGAAAAAACGAGUACCCCCAGCUUUGACAGCCCCCACGUCUGCGCCACGUUACAAAUGCAAUCUCUGUCCUGCAGUUUUCUGUCAUGCUUCUGGAAAGUACAGACAUAUGAAGAAGCACGAGUUGUUUAAACUCACGGGAAAAAUUAUCAAGUACAGGAAUUCAGUUUUCUCUAUCAAGUCUAAACCUGAAACUUUAAAUAGUACACCUAAUGAAGAAAAUAACGAUAACUUGAACUCAGCUGAAGCAAAGAACAGUCUUCCCCUGAGCUGUCGCUUUUGUGGUAAAUAUUUCAGCUCAUCGCAGUCACUGAAGAAACAUGAACACAAUCACCGUGGAGAAAGACCAUACCGGUGUCUGGAAUGUGGAAAGGGAUUCAAGAAGCGUUCCCAUCUGAUUGGUCACAAAAUUGUUCACCAGAGGAGGAUACAGUGCACUGUCUGCAAAAAGAUUCUACCAACUAUUGGAGAACUGAUCCAGCACAGAAGUUCACAUCUUAAAAGGGGAACACUUCAAUGCCCAGACUGUACCAUGCAGUUUCAGCAUCCUGCACAUCUCCUCAGACAUCUAAAAACCCACAAAAAUAGAGAAAACAAGGCACUUCAUGUUGAAGAGAGAACAGAAUCAAAGCAUCAGCAGUCCUUGGACCCUGUAAAGGAACAGGUUGAACCAAAGCAGAUACAAUGUUCCUUAUGUAAAGAGAUAUUUGAUGAUGCCCAAGUACUAAGAAAACAUUGCCUCACCCAUAUAUCAGGAUCCUCUACAAACCAGUGUCCAUUUUGCAAAAGAAAUUUCAAUAAUCGCCGCUAUUUGCUGCGCCAUAUGAGCAUUCACACUGGGGACAAACCCUUCUCCUGCCCCACCUGUGGAAAACAGUUUUACCGUAACAUAUGCCUUAAAAUUCACAGUCAGAAAUGUUCACCACCUCAAACCAGAGACCUUGAGCCUGAAACAAAGACAAGGAGACAAUAUCCAUGUCCCUAUUGUCCACGGAGAUUUUGUAAAAAGGACCGUUGGAAAAAUCAUCAACAUGCCCACAAGAUAAAUUCUGUGCAUCCAUGCUCAAGAUGUGGGCAGUACUAUGGACCUAAUAAAAUGAGACAACAUCAGAGGAACUGUGAGGAGACAACAGAGCUCAGUACUCCUGACAGCAACUUUAGCAAAAUGAGUCUACAGACACGCCAAGAUACUCCUAAAAUGCCCUUACAGUCCAAUACAACCAAUUUGUUUCAGUUUAAAUGCCCUUACUGUAGCCAGAGGUUCAGGUUCAGGUCAUUAUUCUUGAGACAUCUGGUGUCUCACACUGGUGUGCAACCAUACGCUUGUAUGCACUGUGGUCAGAGAUACAGAUCACAGACAUUGUGUUUGCAGCAUGAAGCUUUCUGUGAUGGCAUUAACAAAGAUGGACCAUCAAAACUUAAAAGCACUUCUGCAAUAAAAGAGCCAAACACUCCUGCUCCCAUAGAGGCAGAACAGAAUCCCAAAGCAGAUGGUGAAACUGAGUACAAGUGCAAAUUCUGCACGAAGACCUUCAUGAAACCACGAUACCUGAGACGUCACAUUCUGACACACAAUGAAGUAAAGCCAUAUCGCUGUAAAGCCUGUGAUAGCUGCUUUUCAAGGUAUGAUCACCUGAAAGUACAUCAGACUCGCUGUAAAGGUAAAAAAACGCGAUUGGAGGUCCGUAUUCCCAAAAUCAGUUUAGAAGAUGUUGGCAAAGGUUGGCAAAAUAAGUUUGGCAUUGAGAGUGCUAAGAAACAGGAGACAUUUGAGUGUGAGGUCUGUUCAAGAAGCUACUCAACUCAGUCUAAGCUUUCCAGACAUUUCACCAUGUUCCAUGCGACAAAGUUAUUCAAGUGCACACGCUGUGGUUCAGCAUUCGCUCAUGAAAAAUCUCUGAAAAAGCACAAAAAGAUGAGAAGGUGCAGAAAGGUCUUGAGGGAAAAAAAUGCUUCUCUACUGCAGGGAACCAAUCCUCCAACAGAAAAUGUAACAGGAUCUCUUGAUAGGAUGAAAAGUCAAAUGCUGAGGAGGAUCCAGCCUUGUUUUAACAAGAAGUAUAAGUAUGUAUGUGGCUAUUGCCCUCGUGCUUUUGGAAACACCUGGCAGUUGCGCGUGCACACCCGCCUACACACAGGAGAAAAGCCAUAUUCCUGUGAUUAUUGUGGUGAGAGAUUUAUAAGGAAGGAUUAUGUCCAACGUCAUUUUGUGAAGUGCCCCAACAAACCCUUGCAAAGUACUGUUCUCUGUGACAUAUGUGGUGGAUUUUUCUCUGCGGGCAAGCUUGAAAAUCACAAGAAAGUUUGUGGUUUAACAACCUCAUCAGUGUCAACGGUUUCCCAAAGCCAACAGUCAGCCUCUCAAACCCCACCAAAAGGCUUUUCUUGUGCAUACUGUAGCUCACGUUUUUUGCUUUUCUCACAGCUCCAAGAACAUUUUUUGAGCACACACAAGCUGGAAACAAUGACUCAACCAGUGUCAACUGCCCCCCUACAGCAGCUUCUUUCAGACAUCAAAGAAGAGCCUGUAGAUGAGAGUUGUGAUGAACGGCUUAGUGACAAUUCUAAUUUAACAUGUAAAUUAGAUAGAGCUCUUAAUAUUGAGCCUCCCAAACAAUUUUUUUGUCAAGACUGUAAUAUGACCUUUGUAAAUAAAGCUGGACUGAGUGGUCAUCUACGUACACACGCAGUAGGCCGUCCUUUUAACUGUAAAUCCUGCAAUAAAGGAUUCUGGAAUAAAAGUCUCCUCCGAAAUCACUACAGGAAGUGUAGAAAUGGACGCAUUCCAAACCAGCAGUUGGAAACACCGUUAAAAGCAAACUUUGAUUUUGCGCUUAGUGACUCUGCUUUUGUGUUUGGAGAAGACUCCAAAACAAAUAUCACUGGGGUUUCCUGCAAAGAUGAACUAAUGGACAGUGCUACAAAAAAUUCUGAAGGCAAUGAGGUGCAAAGCAGCUCAAGUAAAGAGAAGAAAACCGUGCAGUAUCAAUGUUCAGAAUGUGAAAUGAGCUUCACAGAUGGCUUAGUGCUCAUCAGUCACCUUGAAGACCACGGAAGACAGGAACAAGAGAAAAAGCGCAAUACAUGUGUUAAGUGUGGGCGGGUGUGCACUAGUCAAGGAAACCUGGAAAAGCACAUGAGGAUGCAUGCAACUGAUCAGAAAUACUCUUGCUCUGACUGUUCUAAGCUGUUUUAUACCAUGUCUGAUCUUGAAGUCCACAGAACAAGUCAUGAUCCAAACAGGCCAUAUUCUUGCAAAUUGUGUAAUCAGCGGUUUUGGACAAGACCAUCUUUAUGCAGCCAUUACAGGGAAGCUCAUGAAGAUGAUGUAUUUAGUUGUCGAUUCUGCAGCAAAUCAUAUGCAGUAAAAAAAUCACUUGCAAGACACUAUAAAAAGUGGCAUCCAAAACAGUAUAAGGAUCUUGGAGCUGCUGUGAAGGAAAAGGGCAGCAGCGAACAACAGUCGAGCAGUCAAGUGAGUACAAAUGGUGACAGCGAUGAGGAUGAAAAUAAUGGCAGUGAGGACAGUGACUCAGAUUCUGCACCAUACUUCCCGUGCCACGUGUGCGGAAAGACCUUCCCAACAUCAGAAAGCCUGGAAGAUCACCAGCUCUGUCACCUGGGUGAAAAGCCGCAUGAAUGUGAACAAUGUGGUAAAUGCUUUUUCCAGUCAUCUCAGCUGCAGCAGCAUCAGCGAAUGCACAAGUCUGAAUUUCAGUGUCAGACGUGUGGCAGAGGAUUUGUGUCUCUCUUUGCUCUGCGCAAACACAAGCACAAUCACGGGAAAAAUCGUUCACUUCGUUGUUCCAAGUGUAACAUCUUUUUUACAGGACCAUCACAGCUAGCAGAGCACAUGUUUAUCCACCGUGAAGAGAAUUUCCCAUGUGAUAUUUGCAAUCGUGUGUUUCUGUCCAAGAGUAGCCGAGCUGAGCACUGGAAAACUCACUCCACAUCAAGUGACCAUCCUUCACCUUCACUGUCAAGGGGAGAACGUGAACAGCCUGCCUCACACUCUGAAAGCUCAUUCAGAUUCACCUCAGAGUUUAAAUAUCGCUGCGGUGUUUGUAGUGAGCGCUUCAGAGAUCCAGAGGAGCUCUCGGAGCACGGCUGCAUGGAAGCCAAAGAGCGGCCAUACUCUUGCACAGACUGUGACAAACAUUUUCUUCAUGCAUCUCACCUGAAAAAGCACAGGAACACCCAUCAACACUCACGGUCCAAUCAUGAAUAUCCCUGUAAUCAAUGCAACAGUAGCUUUGCCUCCUCUCAGCUCUUCUUGAGCCAUCUUAAGAGCCACAUUGGCACUGCAGCAGAAAUUAAACGUGAAAUUGAAGAUGAAGAUGACGAACCUUCACGUGGUUUCAUAUGCCCAGUUUGCAGCCAGUGUUUUGCUCGUGCCACGGAUCUGAUUCAUCAUUUCCCCACGCAUCCUGAUGGUACAAUUGAAAAAAUCAAAUUUGCCACUGGAAGCAAGCUUAAAGAACAUGACCAGCGUAAUCUGACCUCAGCUGCUGAAUAUGAAUGCAUUGAGUGUAAGGAGAGCUUUUUGGGGGAAGUUGCUUUCCGCCACCAUAAUUGUUCCCGUCAGCAGGCAAUAAAAUCAGAAUACUCAAAUUCAACCACUAAAAAAUCCAGCCCAACAUAUUUUCAAGCAGCAGGAGAGGAGGAGGAGGAGGAAGAGGAAGAGGUUGAUGUUACGGGAGAUGACUUGUACAACUGUCCUGUUUGCUCAGUGCGGUUCACCUCUAAAAACGUCCUCUUGGAGCAUCAAAAUAAAGAACAUCCAAAUGAGAAGCCAUUCACAUGCAACCUUUGUGGAAAAACAUUCGCCAGGAGGCGAUACCUGAGAGAGCACGAGCGUAGGCAUCGCCAAAAAGCUCAAAACGAAACUCAAUCGGCCGAACGCAAUUUCAGAUGUUCUCAAUGCCAAACCAAAUUCACAACAGCACAAGAUCUGUCUUUGCAUAUGAGAAAGCAUGCUGAAAAAGAAGUUGGAGAGUACCGCUGUGACAUGUGCUACAAGUCAUUUAGCCAGUGGUCUCUUCUUAAGCAACACCAAGAAAGUCACGUUGGCGAGGUUGUGUAUGAAUGCACAGAAUGUGACAAAGCCUUUGCUUUUCCUCACCUGCUGGAGGAACAUCAACAGACUCAUGCAGCAUCCUCUGAGUAACAGUUCCUAAAUACCACAUACCUUAACUUCCUAACUGUAACUAGAGUAUCUUCAAACCCUGUUCAUGCCUUACAUCUGACAGUGUACCUCCACUUGUACUCAAUAUUUAGAACCACUUUGUAUUUGUUUUUUCUUGUGCAUACUUGGAAAGCACUUGGCUCUAAUGGAGGGUCUUCUCCUGAAUUUUUAUUCACAUUGUAUAUAUUUUUAGUUCUGAUGUUGGGAUUUGUAUACAAUAAAUAAGCAACGUAGUUUCUUGAGAGUAUUUGUAAAAUUGUCAAAAGCAGUUUAUUAUUCUGUUUAAACAAAAAAGCAUGACAGAAUAAUGUCUUGGGGAAAGAUUUAAUUUCUGAUCAUUUUUUUAAGUUUGGCAUAUAUUUUGAAAUCAUUUUAAACAGUUUUUGUCGGUAUGUAAAGUAGACUUUACAGUGGUCAUUUUAAUCCAUUGAUAUUUUGUAUGGUAUGACCAUUCAUGUACUAUAUAUAAUUUUGUAAUUUUUAGUUUUGUUUCCUUUGUUUGUCAAAGGGAGCUUUUUUGAUAAAGAGAAAUAUCUUGUACAUUCAAAAGAUAUUGAAUUUUCUUUCCACAACUUAAAAAUGUUACUUUUGAGAAAUAUGAGUUGAUGCAUUUAAAU